AUGUCAGCCGAAUCGCAGCCUAUCUCCGCGGACCGUUUCGCUCUAGCUAUUCAAGACCUUCCUGCUGAGAACUUGUACUCCAAGGCCCAGGAAAUUGAAAACUCCAUCGCCCACCUUGAACGCUCAAACAGACAACUCCAAGAAUAUAUCGAUAGUAUCAGAUCAGACGCCAGCCUCCCAGAAAGUACGAGACAAGAAGGGGACAAAGAUUGUUCAGAUGCGAUCCAAGAGAACCAAAUCGUAAUCGAGCGACAGAGGGAGAGAGUAGAGCUGUUGAAACGCGAGGUGGUGAGAAGAGGAGGCAAAUGGCACGAAGCUGAUACUAAUGGGAAGUUGAACGGAUCCUCGGAGGAGGCGGCAACAAGUACAACGGAAACGGAGAGGACCGCAGGUGGAAGACUGACCGACGAGGAAUUGCGGCGGCAGAUGAUGGAUAGACUCGGAGGCGAGGACGACGAUGUCAACGAGGACGGAAUGCAUCUGUGA